GGGGCGGGUGAGCCCCCGAGAGCCAAGCCGGGCUGGGUACCGACUGCCAUCCUGCCGCAAUUUCCCUGUGUCAUGGCUCCGGUCUCUUAGCAACAGCCGCCAGUCCGGCCGCCCGGAGCAGCCGCCGCGGGCUCAACUCCACCCGGCGGAGCCCGGCGCGCCGCAGCCACACAAAAGAGGCGCAAGGCCGGGGAGCGCGCGGCCGCAGGGGCCGGCGGGGGACGCGACGGGAGGGGACAGUGUCAUCCAAGGAGGCGCGCCCGAGGGAAGAAGAGCUCCGGGAGGCACGCGGGCUACGGAGGACCUGACACUUCUUGGAAACUCUUGGAAAUGGCUCCCGCCACCGCGCCAGAGGGGACUUCGAGCCCCUGGCGCAGGUUCGUCCCUGCCGAGCUGUCCAGCCGCUCUUGCGCCCGGGGCCCCGGGGCGCUGUCCCUGCGCUCCGCCGUCGGCUCGGGCUGAAAAGUUUCUCCAUGGUUCUUUGUGUUUCCCGAGCUGCCCCGGUCUCCCUGGGAGGAGGUGACCAGGCAGCCAGAGGGCAUUUGGCGCUCCCCACUACGCAAGCUUCGCCCCAGGCCUAGGGGCUAGCCCUGAACUCCCCCAGUCCAGUCCGCCAUGAUCGCCACCGGUGGCCUACUGAGGAUAUCCGCCCGCAAGCAGGAUCCGCUCCGGCCCCCCAGCCAGGUCCCUAAGCGCAGGAGGAAAGCCAAGAAGAGGCGCAAAAACGACGUGGUGGUGGUGAAAGGCAAGCUAAAGCUGUGCUCCGUCUCGGGGCUCAUUGCCCUUUGCGGGAUCCUAGUGCUGUUGGUGGGCAUAGCCAUGGCCGUGGUGGGCUACUGGCCAAAGGCCAACGCAGCCAGCAGAGGGGGCAACAAGCAGCUACUGCCUGUGGCGGGUAGCCAUCGCUUUGGGGCCGCUGGCAACAGCAGUAGUGGCCGCAAAAACCCGACCAAGAGCCACUCUGGGACCCCAGGGGGCUUUAACUCCAGUUCCGUGGGCGGGCCCAGGAGUUCGCCUCCUCCUAGAUCUGCUGCCACAUCUUCCUCCUCCUCCUCCUCCACAUCGGUGGGCUUCUUCUUCCGAAUCGUCUCAGGCUACUUGCACUCUGACAAGCUCAAGGUCUUUGGGCCCCUCAUCAUGGGCAUUGGCAUCUUCCUCUUCAUUUGCGCCAACGCGGUGCUCCACGAGAACAGGGACAAGAAGACCAAGAUCAUCAACCUCCGGGACCUCUACUCCACUGUCAUCGACGUGCACAGCCUCCGCGCCAAAGAUCUGGCGGCGGCAGCUGCUGCAGCCACCGCAGCCGCCGCUUCCUCCUCCACCGCCGCCCCCGGCUCUGCGCCCCCCAGGGCAGCGCCGCUCAAUGGUUUUCUCAGCUAUGUGCAAUCCCGGGGCCUGGAGCUGAAGCCUGGCAGCUGCACCGGCUCUGCAGACACCUUCGGGGCCACUGCAAUGCUGGCCAGAGGCUCAUGGCCCCACCCCUCCGGGCUGGCCGGAGGCGGCGGUGGGACUCUGGAUACAGGGUCCCAGCCGGACCUGGCUUCAUCUCCGCGCUGUCCGCGGGAGCCCCCGAGCCUGGCCGAGGCGGUGUACAGCAUCUACCGCGAGCGCUCCAGCGGGGCUGGCCGGCGCCGGACCACAGUUGCCGCGGUGGCCGCGGCCACUGCCACUGUCACCGCGGCCGCCAGUGGCAGCAGCAGCCCGGCGCCCUGCAGCCCAACCGGGAGCUGGGGGCGCCAGAGCACCGCCAGUUCCCUCGUGGGCUCCUCGCUGAGCGCCUUCGCGCUGCUGCCUCUGCAAGGGGACCGGGACAGAGUCGGGGACUCGGAGGGAGCAAGUUGCAGCUGGCACAGGCCGCCCGGGGAACGCGGCUCCCGGGGUCUCCCGAGGGGAGAACUGGACCUGAGCCUGACGGACCUCCGGGGAACCGAGGGUGCGGCGCGCUGGGCGUCCAGGGAGCCGGAGGAGCCCGAGGGCGCGGCGACAGCAGGCACCGCCAGGGGGCAGGGCGGCCGCCUGCCCAGGACCGGCAGGUACGCGGCCUGGCGGCGCCGCAGCACCAGCGGGCUCCUGGACUACCGGGUGCAACCCUCGCCGGAGCCCCCGCCGUCCCCGCGGGCGGCGGACCUGGACUCCAGCCCUCCUCCGGGUGCAGCCGCCACGCCCUCGCUCCAUCUGCCCCGCGAGGACUCGCCCCGGGUCCGUCGGGACUCCCACAGCUCUCAGUCGGAUGAGCAGUCCAGCAGCAAUAAGGGCUACACCCCCCUGAGGGAGGCCGACACCUCGGCGGAGUCGGUCGUGGACGUGGUGGUCAAGAAAGGGCUAGAGUGUGCGGACACCACCGAUCCCGGUACGGAGCCUAGCUCCCCGGAGGGUCCCAGUCUUGAGACGACUAGUGAGGAGCAGCCUCUGUCUGUGCAGAGGCUGUUUACAAACAAGGAGAAACUCUUUCUGAUUUCCAAGUCUCACACCCCAGAAGUAGAGGACCCGGAACUGGAAAACUCUUCCACCUAG